AUGAUCGCCAUGCUCACAGGACUGCUAUUUCUCGCAGGUCUUAUUGUGGACCCCAGGACUGCAGUACAGGCAGAUGAGUCCUUUGAUUUCUUCACAGGACACCUCCCAAAGCUCAUCAUCUGGGGUGAGCCAAGCUCUGUGAUCACUGUGUAUACACCUGUGAGUAUCUGGUGUCAGGGGUCCUGGGAGUCCCAGGAGUGUUUCCUGUAUAAAGAGCUAAGUGCAGAUCCUCGGGACACUCAAUUCCCUCUGGAAUCUAGGAAUAAGGUACAGGUCAACAUUCAACACAUGAGAAUCACAUAUACAGGCGCAUAUAAGUGUUACUACAAGAGUGCUGCUGGCUUCUCAGAGUGCAGUGAUGCCAUGGAUCUGAUGAUGACAGAGGAUACUGAAAAUCCCAGUCUGUCAGUCUGGCCCAGCACUGCUGUGACCCCUGGAGUCUCUAUAUUCUUUAAGUGUGGCUCAUCCAGAGGAUUUGGCAGAUUCAUUCUGAUCCAGGAAGGAAAACACCAUCUCUCAUGGACCCUGGACCCCCAGCAUCAGGCCAGUCAGCCAUCCCAUGAAAUUUUUGUUCUGAAUGCUGUUACUCCCAACCACAAUGGAACAUUCAGAUGCUAUGGCUUUUUUAAGAAUGAACCACAGAGCUGGACAAUUUCCUACUUUCUCUUCCAUUACAUUCAGUGGAUCUGCUUUUAUAUUGAGGUCUGUGAUCCUCCUGGACUUGAACUUUGUGCAAGGUUUCCCANCCUGCAGAUGAGGAAGAGGAAGCGGGAGACAGACGGACAGACGGACACAGACGCUGCGCCCAGGCCUCACCAUCCAUCGCAAGCAGCCACCGUCUCAGGAGUCAGGGGUCUGGAGACGGUGGAGCUGAGGCAGGGGGAUGGUUUCAAGAGCGUUUCCUCCAAAGCCCGGGGCGGGGGGUGUGGGGAGGGGGGUAGCGGGGAGUUGCGGAUCGCCCCUAAGCCCGACUGCGGAGACCCCACGGACGCCGCCCCCACCCUCCCCACUCCCCGCGAGCGUCCUUGGACCGACAGGAAGUGGGGACUGGAAAAGAGGAAGUGGCUGCAGCUGAGCUUGGAGCACGGAGGGGUGGGGGAAAGGCGGGUCCAGGCGGCGAUGGAUUGUGAGGGGGAGAGGGUCUAA